AUCACAACAACAUUCCCAGCGUCGGCAGGGAACUGUGCUGUGCUGUGCGGUGCUGUGCUGUGCGUCGUCGUCUUUCUCUUCUUGUUUUAUAUAUAUAUAUAUAUAUAUCUACAGACUACAGUGUGUGAAUGUAUUCCUGUGUUGAGUUGAUUUGAUUGGAAUGGAUUGGAUUGAAUUUUCCUCUUCCUUUUCUCUCUCACCCUACAAAAAAGUUUGCUUAAUUUGUUCUUAAUCGCCAAUCAACCUUUUCGUGAAUCCACAGUAAAACAUAUAUAUAUAUAGAGAGAGAGAGAGAGAGUGAGUGAUUUUAUGAUUUGUUAGUGUUAAUUUGUUUGAUUGAGCUACUCCUACUCAUAAUUAUGGAUGCCGAGGUGAGAGUUAGAGUUAGAGUGAGAGUGGCUUCCUUGCUGCUUUUUUUUCUGUUCGUAGCGCCGCCGUCAGCGACGGCGUCUCCUCGCCGGAAUCUUCAACUCCACCGCCACUUGACCCGCCUCAACAGGCCUUCUCUCAAGUCCAUCCAGAGCCCAGACGGCGAUACAAUAGACUGUGUUCAUAUCUCCCAACAGCCCGCCUUCGAUCAUCCCUUCCUCAAAUCCCACACCCCUCAGAUGAACCCUAGCUUUCAUCCGGAAGGGCACCAAUUCAUCGACGGCAAAUUAGCGCUCAAAAACUCAUCCAUGGCGAAGCAGCAGCAAUCAAUAACUCAGCUAUGGCACAUCAACGGGAGAUGUCCUCGAGGAACCGUCCCUGUAAGAAGAACACGAGCAGAGGAUGUCCUAAGAGCAUCCUCUGUCAAAGCUUAUGGUAAGAAAAGCCAUAAGAGCAUCCCCACCCCAUCCUCUGCCUCCCCUCAGCCCAACCUCGUCACUCAAAACGGCCAUCAGCAUGCCAUAGCCUACGUCCAAGAUGAUAAGUUCUACGGCGCCAAGGCGACGAUAAACGUUUGGUCUCCGAGAAUCGAGCAGCCUAACGAAUUCAGCCUGUCUCAACUUUGGAUUCUCGGCGGCUCUUUUGCAUCCGAUCUAAACAGCAUUGAGGCCGGCUGGCAGGUUAGUCCUGAUCUGUAUGGAGAUAACAACACGAGGCUUUUCACGUACUGGACUAGCGAUGCCUAUCAGGCCACGGGAUGCUACAACUUGCUGUGCUCGGGUUUUGUUCAGAUCAAUAACGAUAUUGCGCUCGGGGCCAGCAUCCACCCUAUUUCCGGCUACGGCAAUUCGCAAUACGACAUCAGCAUACUUGUCUGGAAGGAUCCGAAAGAGGGCAACUGGUGGAUGCAGUUUGGGAACAACCAUGUCCUAGGAUACUGGCCGGGGUUCUUGUUCGCGUACUUAUCAGACAGCGCAUCGAUGAUCGAAUGGGGAGGUGAAGUUGUGAACUCGCAGUCGGACGGGCAGCACACAACCACCCAAAUGGGCAGCGGGCACUUCCCCGAGGAGGGAUUCGGGAAGGCCAGCUACAUGAGGAAUAUCCAGAUCGUCGACGGGUCGAACAACUUGAGGGCGCCAAAAGAUAUCGAUGUUUUUACGGAGCAGUCGUCGUGCUACGACGUCAAGCUCGGGAAGAGCCGCGAUUGGGGAAAUUAUUUCUACUACGGAGGGCCCGGGAGGAAUCCGAAUUGCCCGUGACACGAUCAGGCUGUGGAGACUUGUCGAUGGGCUAGCUCGAUCGAUCAAUCGAUCGAAUUGCCGGGUUUGUGAUGUGUGGGUGUUUGUAGGACAUGGUAGGAUUCGUUUAGGUAUGUUUAUAUUAGGAAGUUUUGCUGAUGAUGAUGAAGAUGGUAAUGUUGUGAGAAAGUAAGGUAGAAAUUUGAAUGUGAAAGCUUGUAUUUAACUUAAUUCUUGCAUCGAACAAAUGUGUACUGAAUUUGUUCUGAUCCGAUUUACAUUUGUCUUUA